UGAGAGAGAGGAAAAAAGGGCAGCUACAAUGUGACAGACAACACAGCCGCUCUGCUCAGAGCUGUAGUGGAUAUCAGUGAACGGAGGGAGGGCAGAGGCGAGCCAAGCAGAGCCGCAUGCUGGCUGUGCAGCAAGGCGUGCGGGAUCUAAAUAAUGAAGCGACGGCCAGCAGCAUCCAGACAGCAGCGAGGCGGUGUUUAGGGUCCUGUUUGUAACGGACACAAAACAGACGCAUGGGUAGGAAGAAAUAAAGGCACCAGCUCAGGCCAUCCUGCUCCUCUCUGGACUAAGUCCUGACUGUUGGCUUAGGUGGUGGGCCAGCAAGACUGGUGUCUAUGUGAGCGAGAGGGUAUGAAGUCCAGCAUGAAGCAGUGGCGUAGGCUGUUGUUGGUGGCCAUGCUGGCCUGGGUUCUCGUCUUUCUUGCUCUUCUCUCCUACUUCCUGGAUGCUCGUGUGGAUGAGCCUCUGACCUCUGCUGGCUCUUUACUCUCCCAGCAUCCUGACACUAGGCGGUUGACCUCCAUACAAACCUCCAAUCAGCAGCUGGCCAUCUUUGCUUUAAGACCUGAACCAGCUUUGCAGUUAACUACAACAUAUCUCAGAAACAAGCCAGGACCAGAACCUUCCACCAGCUCUAUACCCUCUGACACCAGCAUGGAGGUAAGCCAGAGCCCUUACGGUAGUCAGGAAGCAAAUCGGCAGGACUACCUGGACCCGCAAAGCCUGGCUGCCUGGUCCUCCUUUGGGACAGAGAAUGUGGGGUCCAAUUCAGACCCUGCAGUCCAGAGUCGUGAAAGAAUUUACCAGAACCUUGACAGUACCACUCAAUACCAUGGGGGUGAGGAUGAAGAAGAUGGUAGAGAAAAUGAAGGAAAAAAUAUUAGGACUGCAGUAGAUGGAAGAACUGGUGGAGAGUCCUCUGAUUUGGAAGAUUACUAUUUCUCCAAAUCUGCCUCUGUGGUGCAGCGGCUGUGGAAAGGCAGAGCAUCUGCUGGCAUGCUGAGUCCACGACUGCAGCGUGCCAUGAAAGACUACAUGAGUGCCAACAAACAUCAUGUUUCCUACAACGGACUUCGGAAAGGAUCUCAGAGUGCAAAAGAACUACUGUGUCAAAUGAAAGCCCAGGGUCAGCUAAAGACUGUGGAUGGAUUGGAGGAGCCCUUCUCUUCUCUUGGCUGGGCUGACUUUGUACCGUCCCAUCCCUUGGAUCACCUGAACAAACAACUGAACAAGAGUAACUUUAAAAGCUGUGCAGUGGUCACCUCUGCGGGCGCCAUCCUGCGCUCCGGACUAGGCAAGGAAAUUGAUACUCAUGAUGCAGUUUUGCGGUUCAAUACUGCUCCUACAGAGGGAUAUGAGAAAGAUGUGGGAAACAAAACCACCAUUCGCAUCAUCAACUCACAGAUUUUGGCAAAUCCCUCACAUGAGUUCAAUACAAGCUCCAUCUAUAAGAAUGUAACGUUGGUGGCCUGGGAUCCUGCACCUUACACUGUUAACUUACAUAAGUGGUAUGCCAGUCCAGACUACAACCUGUUUGGUCCAUAUGUAGAUCACCGUAAGGCCCAUCCUGACCAGCCCUUUUACAUCCUUCACCCAAGCUACGUGUGGAGACUGUGGGAUUUGAUUCAGAGCAACACUCAGGAGAAUAUCCAGCCCAAUCCCCCUUCAUCUGGCUUCAUAGGCAUUCUCCUGAUGAUGUCGCUGUGCGAGCAGGUGCACGUGUACGAGUACAUUCCCUCCAUGAGGCAGUCCGACCUGUGCCACUACCACGAGCGAUAUUAUGAUGCCGCCUGCACGCUGGGGGCCUACCACCCCCUCCUCUAUGAGAAGAUCCUGAUCCAGCGCAUCAACACAGGGCCCGAGAGAGACCUCCAAAAAAAGGGACGUGCUACUCUUCCGGGCUUCAGCACCGUCGACUGUGACAUCUGAAAUAUCAAACCCUCUGAGCCUGAAUAUAAAAACGCAUACACUGGCUUUUUCUGGCUGACCAAGGGAGAGUUGCAAUAAAGGCACAGCAGACAAGAAGGCUGAAGCUUACCCGUUUCAAAUUGGCCCCAGUAAGAGCAUAAGCCAUAGCCCUCCAGGGAGGGAUCAACAUGGAGGUUGUUUAAAAUUGUCUUCUUUAAUAAUAGUUAACUUGACCACAGACUGGAGAUGGGAACAAAAAAACAAA